UUAAUCAGUAAAUCUUCACGGUUGAAUUCCAGUGAGAAAAUAAAACCCAAACCAAGCAAUGGAAAUCGAAAAGGAAAUGCUAGAUCAAAAGUAAAGCCCUUCAAUCUUUGCACAGAGCAAAGGGGAAGAUUCAAGGAGGAAGAAUUCGUCAAGAAAUUACAACAAAUGACGAUGGAGGAGGAAAAGCAACGGAUACCAAUCGCACAAGGUCUCCCAUUGACAACAGAUGAGCCAGAGUGCUUAGUAAAACCUGCCGUCAAAGAAAUCACAAGACCGGUUGAUUUGGUGCUGCAUAGCGAUGUGAGGGCUGUGAAGCGUGCUGAGUUUGACCAACAGCUGGCUGAGAAGAUGAGCCUUAUUGAACAGUACAGGGAGAAAAGGGAAAGACAACAAAAGUUAGCAGAAGAAGAGGAAAUCAGGAGACUAAGAAAGGAGCUCAUUCCAAAAGCUCAACUCAUGCCCUAUUUCGACAGGACUUUCAUCCCUAGAAGGUUGAUGAAGCAUUGCACCAUACCUAGAGAGCCAAAGUUCCAUAUACCACCACAACACAAGAAGAUCAUUUGUGGCAUGUGUUGGGAUGAUAUAUACGUGUUGGUAAUUGCUGCUUUUGGAGCUGUGAAGCAUGAGGACAUUGUUGUGCAAGUAAAGAAAUUGUUUACCAAGUUGUCAACAGAUCCAACUACAACGUCUGAAUUUUUUGCUAAAGAACCAGCAAUUUUUACAGGUUCCGAGGAUGAUGAUGAUAUACCUUUGGCAAAAUUUGCGGUUGCUUUCAAUGGGGCUUCUUGGACGGAUCCAGAUUCCAUUGCUUUGAUAGUCAUGCAGUCUAUGUUGGGAUCUUGGAACAAGAAUGCAGGUGGUGGGAAGCACAUGGGUUCUGAGCUUGCACAAAGGGUUGGCAUUAAUGAGAUUGCUGAAAACAUGAUGGCCUUUAACACCAACUAUAAGGACACUGGUCUAUUUGGUGUUUAUGCCAUUGCCAAGGAAAAUGAAUUUGUUAGCAGCUGGGUUCGUCAAGCUGAUAAGUUUACACUUAACAUCGUGAUUAAUUGUUUCUGUAAGUUGAAUCGAGUUGAUUUGGGUUUUUCUAUUUUGGGGAAUCUAUUGAAACUUGGUUAUGAACCAAACAUCACAACCUUCAAUACCCUAAUCAACGGGCUUUGUGUAAAUGCUAAGAUCGCUUUGGCGGUUAAGUUUCUUGAUGAAAUUGUGGAGAAAGGGUUCCAACCCAAUUUUAUUACUUACAACACUAUAAUAAAUGGACUCUGCAAAAUUGGAAAUACUAGUGUUGCUAUUCGUUUGCUGAGAAAGAUAGAAGAAAUUGGAGGUUGUGAGCCUGGACUAGUGGAAUACAGCACGGUCAUCGAUAGCCUUUGCAAGGAUAGACUAGUAACCAAGGCUUUCAAGCUCUUUUCGGAAAUGAUAGGUAAAGCUAUUUCACCAAAUGUGGUCACUUACACGUCAUUAAUUCAAGGUGUAUCUAGUUUAGGUGAGUGGGAAGAAACUACAAGAUUGUUAAAUGAAAUGGUUGGUAAGAAUAUCUGGCCAAAUGUUCGAACUUUUAGCAUUUUAGUUGAUGCACUUUGUAAAGAAGGAAAGGCCAAAGAAGCACAAGAUGUGGUUGAAUUGAUGAUCCAAAGAGGUGUGGUACCUGAUGUUGUCACUUAUAAUGCUGUAAUGGAUGGGUACUGUCUGUGUGGCCAAGUAGAUGAGGCAAGGAAAAUGCUUGAUGUUAUAGUCAGUAGGGGUUGUGCUCCUAGUCUUUUCACUUACAACAUCUUGAUUAAUGGGUACUGUAAGAUCAAAAGCAUAGAUGAAGCCAUGAGUCUCUUUAAGGAAAUGUCUAGAAAAAGAUUGCUUCCAGAUACUAUUACCCAUACCACUCUUAUUGGUGGCUUGGCAAGAAGACUUCGAGAUGCACUUUUGCUUUUUAAUGAGAUGCAAGUUCAAGGCCAAAUUCCUAAUCUGUUUACUUACUCUGUUCUUUUGGAUGGCCUAUGCAAGAACCAACAUCUUGAUGAGGUAUUAGCAUUGUUUGAAAAGCUUGAACACGCUGGACUAGCUCCUGAUAUUGUGAUAUACAGUAACCUAAUUGAGGGUAUGUGCCUAGGUGGGAAGCUUGAUGAUGCGAGGAAAGCUACCUGA